AAUGGGUUUCCAGAGACAUAACAAGCGCACUAUUUGCUCCAGCUUCUGUGACCCCCUCUUUCAUCAACAACUGACCACGGCAAGCAACAGCAGCAGAAACUUCGAAUUUAUUUAUUUGACCUCUGACAAGAGUCAAAAACGUGAAGGAAGCUAUUGAAGAAGUAAGUCCAUUGGAACGCUUGUUUUAGGUGCUGCACCACCCAUGCCAUAGCGAUGGUGGUAGUGCCGCAGACGGCAGUGGCACGACAGGAGGUGAUCGAGGUCGUUGAGUACAUUGAUGAAACUGACUUUAGUGGAGAUGAAAAUGAUUGGGAAGAAGAGGUGUUUGAGAUUGUAGAAGAGGUGUUCCCGAGACAGCGGUCGCACUGGACCGUGGCAGCCCACGAAGUAGGGAUAGGAGUGCCUCCUCUUCCUUCUUCUUCUUCUUCCUCCUCCUCCUCCUCUUUGAUCUCUUUCAGGUCAGACGUCAGAUCCGUGGAAAACGACGAGAUCGAAAAGCCAAGUCAACAACAGCAAGAGAGCCUCAGUUUCCGAGGCGAAGGCAUUCCAUUUAGCAGCCAAACGGAUUCCGAAGACUUCGAAGACAGACUGCAACGACAAUCAGAUCUCAUAGAAAGCACCUUCAAACCCAGGCGAGCGUCAUUGAUAAAGUCCCGAAGUGCCGGUCCGUAUAUGCUGCGCAGCAACAGUAUGGACGACUCCACAGCUCAUGUAACACCACCAAACCGAAAAUCCUUACUGAAAGAACGCAGUUUUGUUCGUCGUCCCAAAUCCUAUUGGUACUCCGACUCGGACGAUGAUGGGGACGAAUCCACGUCGUUUGCUUUCACGGGAGACGAAACCUUUCAAGCCCAUCUCAAAAUUGCAUUGGGCGGCGAAGAAACUUUGGCAAAGCCACCGGAAAGCGAUGACGAUCAGAGUUCUCUCUUCUCCACGAGAAGCGGCGACACCAACCCAUUGGGAGCUCCCUACACACGUCGUGAGUACAUGUACGCCAUUUGCACAGGAGUGCUCCUCUCCUUCAAUGCGGGAUACGUCAAUGGAACAUGUCUGACGGGCCUGUUGACCGAGUCAAAACGAAAAGUCAAUGUCACCAGCCACGCAGGGACACUCACACUCUCCGCGACCAGUCUGUCCGCCGGCGAUAUCCCCGAAUUUAGUUUCUACACCAGCAUGAUGUUUUGCUUCAUGCUCGGAUCCUACAUUGCAGGAUUGCUCACACCCAAUGCCAAGAAAUUCCGAAUUGAACCGACAUACGGACCCACCUUUUUGAUUGGAGCGGCACUCUUGGGUGCAUCCAGUAUUCUCGCGGCCAUUGAAGCAAACGACAAUGUCAUAUUUUAUCUGGCAUCCGCGGCCAAUGGAAUUCAGAAUGGAAUGUCGUCGCUCUACAGUGCAAACCUGAUUCGAUCCACGGGAGUGACCGGAACCGUCACCGACAUUGGAAUCUUUUUAGGGCAAAUGUUACGGGGCAACAAAAAGAAUACAUGGAAUCUGGUGGUCCUUCUUUGUCUCUUCAUGUCGUUCUGGACCGGUGGUUUCGUUUCCUUUUAUGCGACAAACAAAUUUACACAAUUCUCGUUGCUCGUCAAUGCUGGAUUGUACUUUCUCAUUGGCGCCAGUCUGAUCUUCUUCUUGACACUCGAGCUCGAUGUUUCGGUCGGGGCCGCGAUUUUCGGAAGUUGGCAAUGGAGACGGGCCCUCGAACAGUUGCGAAAGGAUGCCUUUAGCGAAUCCCAACGCAGCGGCCUAAAAGGAGAUCACUGUUCCAGCAGAGAAGCACAAAUGGAUAUGCUCUUUGAUCGCAUGGACUCCAAUCGAAGUGGGACCAUUGAUAUCCAUGAACUGCAUUCGGCCUUGAAAUUGGCCGGGGUCCGUAUUACCAAACGAGAAACCAUGCAAAUGAUCAAGAAAGCAGACAAGAACGGAGACGGAGAACUUUCGCGAGAGGAGUGGCGAAGUAUUGCACUACUGUGCCACGAGCGCCAUGAACGCGAACGGGCGUCUCGGUCGCUGAUUGGAGGAAUAGAUAUGUUAUCGUCAGAUAAUGACAGCAGCAGCAGAAGCGGCUCGUCGGGCGAUCAAGACAACCAUGUCUACGAGGAUGAUGAUGCCAGGACGGAGAACACCAGUGAAGACCGAUUCGACAACGAGACCAACAGCAAUUGCCAACUCAAGGAGACCCACAGCGAAGACAUGUUUGAAAACGAAAACGACAGUAAUAGUCAGCUCAAAACGAGCAGCAGUGAAGAUCGAUUCGACAACGAAUGCAUCAGUGCACUUCGACUCCAAACAAGUAGCAGUGAAGACGGAUUCGACAAUGAAAACAACAGUAAACACCAUCUCAAAACGAGAAGCAGCAAAGACGGAUGCGACAACGAGAUUAUCAAGGAGAACCAACUCGUCCAGAGGAGUAUCGUUGAUGACAGAUUGAAUGAAAAAUCAAUUGAAAAGACCAGCAGCGUAGAUCGAUUUUCCAAUGAAAGCGGCAGUGCUGACCCAUCCUUUAACGAGACCAACGGGAGCAACUUAGUUGACAUUGCUCAUCUCCGUGAAGGACAACUGGAGCUGGCUAUCAGCGAAGACCGAAGCGACAUCGAGAAGAAGGACGACCGUGGAAACGAACUCAACAAGAGCAGCUGCGACGACCAAUUCGACGACAAUAACAGCAAAGGCGACAACGGUGCUGUUCCUUUCUACGAGCUGCCAAACUUUGCUUUGGAUUUGAAUCUGAGCCAACAAGGAGCCAAGCCGACAAUAUCAUUCCAAACACGUCUCCUACAGCUGAAGGAGUACAAAGUGAAACAUGGAGAUUUUGAGGUGACUCCCAACAACGAGUUUGAUGAAGGGUUCUUCGUAUGGUUCAUGUUCGUGACGUCGGAGUUCAGCAAGAAGAAACAUGGGGAGGGGGACAUGAGCGACGAUCUUUUCGGAGAGCUGCAAAAGAUUGGCUUUCGAUGAAUAGGUUCUUCUUGAGGGCAAAUCUAGAAGAAAGGUGUCCAAACGAACGUGCAAUGAUGCGUCGCUCUUGCAGCGCCCUUUGUCCGCUUUGCGGACGAACACUGCCCCGAGGGACACAUUUCGAUAGCUGUCUUCGGCCGCUGUUUUUCACUCACGAAUUCCCAGCUGGCCAGGAAGCGUCUGGAUGCGUUGGGCCCAACUUCACGAAGCGUCGAAGCGAACGGCUGGAGUGAUUCGGUUCGUCGAUCGACCGGCCACAGAGUACUGGUAAAGGACUACUGAUUGCAAUAAGGCUGCUCAACACGUGGAUUCGCGCCUUCCAACGUGUCACGUUGGUUUUUGGCGUGUCACACAUCGACUCCAUUCAUCUCUUGUCCGACCUUUCAGGGAUGACAGGUCUUCGGAUCCCAGUCUUGACAGAUGCUCAGUGCCACUCUGUAAGUUUCGAGUCGCUACUUAUUGCUUUGAGGCCCAAUUCGAUGGAGCAACACAAUCACUGGGCCAGUGCAAUUAGUUGUGACGAUUGCAAUUGGAUAUUCGCUCGCCUUCGCGGUUGUGGCUUGCUUGGUCUCGAAUCCGAGUAGCCUUCUACAUUCCUUCGUUUUCCUUCCCUUCAUUUCGAGCGUCUGAAGAUACCGAAAAAGCCAGAAGAAAGGACUCCGCAUGACGUUCUUCACCCUACACCGGCUUGCCUGUUACAACCCACCUCUAUUAAUGCCAACACCAAGAUUCGAUUCCCCCAAUCCGCAUCCGCAUCGUUAGUAGGCGACCAGCUUCCAGCCGUCUGGUCGUGACAGAGCUUUGCCGUUGGACCAAAAUCUGCGACGAUACUCUUUGACCCACAAAAGCUUGGAGGCAGGAGGUGGAGAACGCUACGGCAGCCCCCCAAGAUAGACGAAACCGAGAGCAAAAGUAUGAUUCAAUCCACCUCGAAGACGGUGACACGUCCAGCCUCUCCCUUUCGUCUAACACAGCACUGAUAGCAAACAAACACCAAGCCAAACUCGACAACUGAACCGCUUCUCCACAUCGUCAAAACUGCCCCAUCGAAGGUACCUUGCCCUGGGAGAGCUGUCUUGCUGCGUAUUUACAAAGCUGCUUGGCAUCCAGCAGUCUCGCUUCGAUUCCGAUUUCCUAGAAUGCUAGUUCAGUCUGUCUUUCUACCGUCGACUUGGUGGCUGCGAAGCUUUACCUGGGUAAUUGGGAAUGAUUUUUAUGCUACCGGUACGAGAUUGGCGUACAACAAAGCACUGCCUAUAGUUAAUUGGGGUUAAUUUAUGCACGGUAGCGUGACGCCAUAAUAGAAGGAAAGACUACGCGUGUACCGGAUUGUCUUCUGCAUUCUCCUUCUCCUCCAAUCAGUCAUAUGUGUCCUACUACCAGCUGGUAGCUAGCUAGCUAGUACUUCAUCAGAGGGACCUGGUCUCUCUAUCCGGCUGCCAGUGCAUAUUAUUAAUAGUAGGACCUGGCCAUGCUUCAGCAACAACCCAAAUGGCAGGAAAAUGCAUUCUAAACACA